AUGCACCACCACAACUUGCUACACCGAGGUUUCACGGCACAGAACGUUCUCCUUUACACCCCGUGCGACAGCAACCCCGCACAUGUGCGGCUGGGGAUGGGCGUGGCCGCUGAGAUGACACGCCAGGAACCGUACGACUGCAAGUCAGACAUCUCGGCGCUGGGAUGCGUGCUCCACGCAGCCAUGGCCGUCAGCGAGCUAUCUCUCCCCGCCACGACCGUCAACGACCCUUGCCUUCCGCCGUCGUCCAUCCACGAGCUCGUUUCCUUCGUGCUGUCGGGCUGCCACGACGCCAUGCCCCGAUGUUACUCGCCUGACCUCUGUGCGCUUGUCAGCCGCAUGCUCUCCCAGACCCCCUCUGAGCGACCCACAGCAGCCGACAUCCUCGCCUCGCCUCUCCUCCACCAGCCCGCCUCUGCCUUCCUGCGCGCCUUCGAACAUGCCCUUGAGAGUGCCACUGUUAACGAAUCAGGGAAUGCUGCCAGUGUUGGUGCUGCUGCUGUGGCAAGGGCAGUGACGAUGCAGCGAGCAGUAAAGGAGCAAAUGGGCCGCCUGGGGCUGGUGAUAGGCCCAUGUGGGAGCAUCAACGCACGUGUGCCGUGCAGUGGCAGCAGCAGCAGCAACAGCACAAGCAAUGGCGAAACUUCUGGUUUUCAAGCAGGCGGGCGGACAGGGGGAAUGGAUGGUGCAUUGGAUGCAGGUUUUGAGGGAGGCGCAUACCGUGCAGGUAUAUCUGGGUCAGGGAGAUCUGCCACACGAGCAUGUGACGUGCUGUCGUAUGGUAUAGCUGGUGGGGAGGAGGGAGAAGAAGGUGGGGCGGAGAUGGGAGAAGGGGAUGAGAUGGAGGAUAGAGAAGGGAUUGGGGAGGAGGAGGGAGAACGGGGUGGGGAGGAGUGUGUGGAAGAAGGAGCAAGGAGAGCGGAGGUGGAAGAGGAGGUGAUUGAGGAAGGCGAGGGAGGGCGAAGAUGUGAGGAGGCUCCAAGAAGAGACCAUGUGGACGCGGAGGAGGAGGAGGAAUGGGGAGCGGAGGUAGAGGAGUUGGAGAAGCAACAACGGGAUGGGGAGGCGAAGGAAGAGUGGUGCUGGUGGGGGUUGGGGAAAGAAGGAGAGGAAGAGGGAGAGGGAGAAUGGAGGCGAAUGGAGGAGGAGGACGAGGCUCGGCGGGAGUGGGAGCGAGAGCAGGAGCUGAGGGAGGAAUUUGUGCGAGAGAAGGAGGCUGAGGAGAAUGGAUGGGGGGAGAAUGAGGGCGAUGAGAAUGGGUGGGGGGAGGAGGGAUGGAACGAGGAAGAAGAGGGAGAAGAGCAUGGGAAAGGAGGUGGAUGGGAGGAGGGAGAGGAUGGGCUGAGAGAAGGAGAGGACGAGGAGGAGGAACGAGAUGAUGGAUGGGAGGAGGGCGAGACUAGGAGGAGAGAGGGAGAGGAUGGGUGCGAAGGGGAAGAAGAACGAGAUGAGCAAGGGAGAGGUGGUGGAUGGGAGGAUAAUGGGUGGGAAGAAGGAGAGGACGAGGAGGCGGAACGAGAUGAUGGAUGGGAGGAAGGAGAGGUUAGGUGGGGAGAUGGAGAGGAUGGGUGGGAAGGGGAAGAAGAGCGAGAAGAGCACGAGAGAGGUUGCGGGUGGAAGGAGGGAAAGGAUGAGUGGAGAGGAGGAGUUAACGAGGAGACGGAACGAGAUUAUGAAUGGGAGGAAGGAGAGGUUAGAUGGGGAGAGGGAGAGGAUGGGUGGAAAGGGGGAGGAGAGCGGGAGGAGUGCGAAAUAGAUUCCCAUCUGCACAAGGUUAAGGCACGGCUGGAAAGGUUUGGCGUGCCUUUCAACAGCCAGCCUGCGCCAGCUGCUGCUGGCAUGCAGGCGAAUUUGGCGAGGAUUCGGGAGCUGUUGCAUGUGGGGGCGGCCAAGGGGGUGCCCCAGCUGACACAGAGGCAGGAGCUGCUGCAGGUGGCAGGGGAUGUGUCGAAUCUGGUGCGGAGUCGGGAAGUAGGGAAAGAGGGCGAGGCGCGGGAUAGGCACUCGGAGACAAGUUGCGCUACAGCUGCUGAGGCUGUGGCAGGUCAUGCUACAGCUGGUGAGGCUGUGGCAGGGGAUGACGUCAUGUCUGAGAGGGUUCGGAAGCUUCUGCAAAAGCUGCGGGAACUGAAGGAGAUGGCGGGCGUGCCAACGAAGCAGGCAACGCAGUCAACCCAGUCAACGCAGUCAACGCUGGAGUUGCAAAAGCUGCGGGCAUUGGGGACACCAAAGGCUCUGCGAUCACUGCUGCGGCUGCACAAGCUGAAGGAGGGAGAGGAGGAGCGCAAAAUAGCUGGCAGGAGCUCUGCGGUGCUCAGCGGCUCACAGAAGGCUACUUGCCAUGCAUGUUGUUCACCGGGCAAGGGGUCCACGGCUGCUCGUCCUGUGCUUGGGCAAGUGCAGGGCACGCAUGGUGAUGGGUGCGGGGAAGGCUGUGGAGUGGGGUGUGACGGUGAUGGUUUGGCCCAGACGUGCGGUUGGAGUAAUGGCUUGGAUGGCACGGAUAGCUGGAUCGGAGGGGCUGGGGAAGACGUGGGGUUGACUGCAGGGGAGGAAUGUUCAGAAGCGGAGAGGUACGCAGAAGGACAGGGGUAUGGAGAGGGAGUGGGAUAUGCAGAAGGAGAGGGAUGUGGGGACGGUGAGGGGCGUGGAGAAGAGAAGGAUUAUGGUUGUGGAGAGAGUUUUGGAGAGGGGGAUGCUUUUGGGAAAGGAGAGGGGCUUUCAGAAGGAGAGGGAUGCAUGGAGGGCGAGGGGUGUUCAGACGGGGAGACGCAUUGGAAGCAGCAGGUGGAGCAGGAGCGGCAAGGGCAGCAGGGGCGGCAAGGGAAGCAGGGGCGGCAUGGGGGCCAAGGGCGGCAGGAGCAACGUGCAUCAAAACAAGCCUUCCAGCAAACUCUUCAGUUCACCGCAUCACUCUACCUCGAGACUGUUUGCUCCACAGGAGAAGCUGCAGGGGCGCUGACGUGGCCUGUACACGUGGAGUUGAAGCUGUCAGUCCAUAUGGACACGUGGCACAUGCCUUGGCCUCUUGUAGAAGGGACAGCUGGCAAUGCAGCUGCUAUGGGAGCAGCACUAGUCAUGCCCACAAAGACGGAUGCAUCACCAGCAGAUGCUAUGUCAGGAGCAGAUGCCAUGUCAGCAACGGCUGCCGCGUCAGCAGCAGAUGCCUGUUUAAAGCACAUGCCAGGGUGCAUGGUGGUAGGCCAACCCGUCACUUUAACCCGCCCACUGCUUGGUGGGGCAGACUAUAGUAGUGAAGCCGGGGAACUCAAUAGUGAGGACGAGGAGUCGGACUACGAGGUGGUGCGCCAGGUGGCGAUGUACGAGUGGCUGCGAGCGUCUUCAAAGCAAGCAGCAGCUCUCGAAGCAGCACGCACCCCCACUCCUCCCAGAAACCCCUUACCCCGCCAGCAGCACAGAAGCAGCAGCUGCCUGUCUGACAGCCAGGUUGGCACGUGGAUGGACCAAGGCGGCAGUCACGCAGGAGGAGGGGCUGGAGGCGGCAGUCAUGCUGGUGUGGGGGCUAAAGAAGGUGACCAUGCUGGUGUGUGGCUGAGAGAUGGCAGAGGCACCCUACCAAUGAGCCAGUGGGCAGUGAGAGUUGCUCUUGCUGGCAUGCACAAGGGUCGUAGACCGAGUUCAGAGCCGGGUCGAAGCAGGGGUUUCAGGGGGCACAAGCCACUGCCUGGUUCCACCAGAUUCAUGCGUGAAGCAGAAGCUAGUCGGCAGGGCAUGGCUGCUCCAGUUGCCCUGGCAACACCAGUGGUUGCACCGGCGACACCAGUUGUUGCACCGGCUGCACCAGCCGCACCAGUUGUAGCAUCAGCAGCCGCACGAGCAGGGGUAAGGGCUGUCGCAGAAAGUGUGCUGGAAGGGACAAAGAAGGCAAUGGCAACGGAAGCGACAACAGCCCGUCUUGUCAGUCCAUUGCAGGAGAGGAAUGCGAUGACUACAGAAGCAUACUCGUUACAGUGUCCUCCAGUAAGAGGUUCAGAUGGGGAGGUGGCUGGGACAGGAGGCUGUCUGGUGCAUGAGUGGUAUGAAGCAGUGAAGAGUGGUGAUGAGAGUGACCAGUCAUCGGGAAUGGAUCUGCAAUCGCUCGUCGCAACACAAUCCCCGGCGACCACAUCCGACGCUCACUCUCAACCAGCAUCUCUCCACGCUCCUCCGCCGCAUCUCACCGCCUCACACUCCUCCUCCAGACGGCGACCCAUCCAGAUCGUCGCUCUCAGCAGCAACAGCAGCCAUAACCGGAGCCGAUCAGCGGGCACGCGCGUGGCGGUGGACAAGCUGAGCACGACGAAGCGGUACCGCGUGGCGGACGUUGACCUGGUUGACCAGCGCAGCGACCGCGUAAUUCCCAAGGCGGACGGGUUCUACGAGAUGGUGUCGGUGGGCAAGGGCACCGUGUGCACGCGCGCGCAGCUCGAGGCCGAGGUGGCCAACAUGGCGUCCAGCGGCAUGUUCCAGAUGGUCGAGGCCGAUACUGUCGCCAACCCGGACGGUUCCAUCAAGCUGGAGGUGAAGGUUCUUGAAGCGCAGUGGCAGGCGGCGAAGACGGUGCGGUGUGUGAACAUGGGGCUCGUGCAGCCGGACGCCUCGGGGCAGGAGGCGUCAGAGGACGCGGCGAAGCAGGAGGCUGCGUACGCGGAGCGGCUGAGGCAGGCGCGGCAGUGCCUGCUGCCGCGCAAGGUGGAGAACGAGCUGAGCGCCAUGGUGCAGCGCGAGGGGCGCCUCACUGCCCGCAUGCUGCAGAAGAUCCGGGAUCGCAUUCUCAAGUGGUACCACGACAAGGGCUAUGCCUGUGCCAAUGUGAUCAACUUUGGCAAUCUGAACACGCCGGACAUCGUGUGCGAGGUGGUGGAGGGCGAUGUGACGGGCGUGGAGGUGCAGUUUCUGGACAAGAUGGGGCAGCGCUGCGAAGGGAUUACCGACGAGCGCGUUGUGAUGCGAGAGCUGCCUAUCGAGAUCAAGCCGGGCAACGUGUUCAACAUCGAGGCGGGGCGCAAGGCCCUGCAGAGCAUCUCGUCGCUGCAGCUGUUCGCCAACAUGGAGGUCAACCCGCGCCCCGACGACCAGCUGGAGGGCGGCAUUGUGAUGGAGGUGAAGGUCCGCGAGCAGGAGCCGACCUCUGCUGAGGUGCAGACGGAGUGGAGCAUCCAACCCGGGGAUACCGGCAAGCCCACGGUGUCCAUCCUGCCAGGUGGCAGCGUCUCAUUCGAGCACCGCAACAUCAACGGCCUCAAUCGCUCCGUCACCGGUUCUGUCAGCGCGGGCAACCUGCUCUCGCCGCAGGACGAUCUGGUGUUCAAGCUGGAGUGCGUGCAUCCGUACAUCGAUGGGGUGGACGACACGGGUCGCAACCGAGUGGGGCGAGUGACGUGCUUCAACCACCGCAAGGUGUCGGCUGUCUUCACGGGCGGGCCGUCUCUUGAUGAGGUGCCAGCCAUUUGGGUGGACCGUGCCGGCAUCAAGGCUACUGUCAGUGAGAACUUCACCCGUCAGAGCCGCAUCACGUACGGGGCGGUGAUAGAGGAGGUGACGACACGCGAUGAGAACACGAGCAUCUGCACGCACGGCUUCAAGAUGCUGCCCUCGGGCCUGCCCACCCCCGACGGCCCGCCCACCACGCUCAGCGGCACCGGUGUCGACCGCGUGGCAUUCCUGCAGGCGAACGUGACGCGCGACAACACCAACUUCGUGAACGGGACACCCGUUGGCGACCGUACCAUCUUCCAGGUGGACCAAGGCCUGGGCAUCGGGUCAGCCUUCCCAUUCUUCAACCGGCAUCAGCUGACGCACACGCGCUUCAUGCAGCUCAGUGAGGAGGACGUGGACCAUGCGGACCGCCCGCCCAUGGUGGGGGUGCUGCACGCGCGCUACGGGGGGUGCCUGGGCGACCUGCCGUCGUACGAGGCGUAUGCACUGGGCGGGCCCUACUCAGUCCGCGGGUACAACAUGGGCGAGAUUGGUGCUGCCAGGCGCUUCCUUGAGCUUGCGGGUGAGAUCAGGGUCCCGGUCAAGACCACCCAUGCCUACGCCUUUGCUGAGAUGGCCUCAGACCUUGGCAGCUCCGGUAUGGUUUCUGGUAACCCUACCGAGUUCUUCCGCCGAGCCGGCUUCGGCGCCUCGGUGGGUGCUGGUGUCAGGCUCGGCACCGUGCGUGCGGAGUACGCUCGGGAUUGCAACAUGGGCACUGGCUCAUGGUUUGUCCGGUUCGGCGAGAGGUUCUAA